AAUUUGAUGCGCAUUAAGGCUUACCAGUUCCUUAGCAACAUAUCAACAACACAGUAUGGCUGCCAAGACUGAAGAGGAACGCCACAGUUUCAGACGUGUUUUUAUCAACAAUGUUGAUACAUACGCAUCAAAAUAUAUUGCAAAGCUUUUAAACUCGCGUGUAGUCGGUGCGUCACUUGUGACAACUGAGGAAGCUGAGGAUGAGGAGGACACGGUGCAUGAUGAUCAUCCAGAAAGCACAAAGACCACCUUCCAGAUCGUGGGAACUGUUUCUAGCCUAACAGAGGAGAAGGGCAGUUAUAUUGCGGAGGAGUACAGUCACUUUAAGCGUGAAGACCUUCUCUAUCAGCUGAUGAAGUGUGAUGUCAUCAUUUAUAAUAUUUCUCAGCAUCCUGAUCAGAUAGAUGAAGCACAGUGGGCCGUCUCUGCUCUUCAUGAGGAAAUGAACAAAUUUUCUGAACCAAAGAUGUUCAUCCUUGUGUCAAGCAUCAUGACAUGGGCUAUGACUAAACCAGUUGAUACGGAUGAUCCAGAGAUUCCUUUAACAGAAAGUCAUUACCGGAAAAGAAAACCUCACCCUAACUUUCAAGAUCAUAUCGGUUUGGAAAAACUUGUGGUCAAAUUAGGCAAAACUAAAAGCUCCCAGUUCUCUACAUAUGUUGUUGCAUCUGGGCUACAAUAUGGAAUGGGUGAACACAUCUUUCACCUUUUUUUCAAGAUGUCAUGGUUGGGCGAGGUCCCAAAGGUGCCUAUCUUUGGAGACGGCUCAAACAUUAUCCCCACUAUUCACAUUAAUGAUCUCGCAGGGAUCAUCCAAAAUGUCAUUGAUCACAAGCCAGUGUCACACUACAUUGUUGCUGUGGAUGACUCCAAACACUCGAUGGGGGAUAUCAUUAAGGCAAUAUCUUCUGCCCUCGGGACGGGAAAAACUCAGAAAGUUACAAAAGGGGAGAUUUUUCUCGAACCGGAUCUUGCGCAAACAGAUAUUGAUUCCUUGUUUGUCAACCUUCAAAUUGAAGCGCCCUAUCUAAAAGAAAAUUUUCAUAUCCAGUGGGUGUCAGAGGCUGGAAUGAUUGAAAACAUGGAACAGAUAACACAAGAAUAUAAGCAGAACAGGGGACUGCUGCCCAUUCGUAUCUGUGUCCUGGGACCACCUGCUGUUGGGAAGAGCACUGUUGCAGAAAUUAUAUGCAAGCAUUACAGACUUCAUCAUAUUAAGCUUAAGGACACCAUAACUGAGACAUUAGACAACCUGGAGUCGAGUGUCCAGAUUGAAGACGAGGAAAACGAUCAGAGUGAAGCCAAGGAAUUUCUGGAUAUCUUAAAGGAAAACAUGAAUCAGAAUGGAGGACGACUGGAUGACCAAUAUGUAAUCCGUAUAAUGAGGGACAAACUCAAGACCAAACCAUGUAUGAAUCAGGGCUUUGUUUUGGACGGAUUUCCCAAGACAUACGAGCAGGGAAAGGUGCUAUUCAACAGUGAUGAAGACAACGAAGACUCGCAAUCUAAAUGCGACAAAACGAUCAUCCCAGAGUUUGUGUUGUCUCUUAAUGCCACUGAUGCUGUCCUCAAAAACCGAGUUCUGAACCUACCCGAGAGUCUUGUAGAGGGAACGUCCUACAGCCCUGAACAGUUCCUGCAACGCUUGGCCAGAUUCAGAGAGAGAAAUGUAGAGGAUGAGACCUUACUGAACUACUUUGAAGACCUUGAGAUUCAUCCUGAGCACUUUGAGAUUACAAGCAACGAUGACCAUGAAUACUUGCUGGUGACAGAGAAGAUUUAUGAAAAAGUGGGCAAACCAAAGAACUACAGCCCGAAUCCGAAAGAGAUGGAGGAGGCAGAGAGACAGCGAGCAGAGGAGCUGUUAAAACAGCAGGAAUCACAGAGGUCGGAGCAUCAGGAGAAAGAGGAGGCUGAGAGGAGAGCUCAACACUGGGAGGAGUGGAGUCAGCAUCUUGAAGAGGUUAAGAGACAAGAAGAUGAACUGUUGGAGUCUCAGUCAGAACCUCUCAGGAACUACCUGAUGAGGGCUGUUAUGCCCACUCUCACCCAAGGGCUCAUCGAAUGUUACAGAACACGCCCCGAUGACCCAAUAGACUUCCUGGCUGAGUACCUUCUGAAAAAUAAUCCUGAAGCGUAAUAAAACGUGGACAAUAUUGUCCCACGGUUCAGCAGCAUGGACACCUUGUGCUGCUUUUCCUUUGUGGUUAAUAAAGAUGAUGCUUUCAAUCUUAAUAAUAAUAAUUUAAGAUCAAUUAGUUCAUGACUAUAAAUAACAAUCAUAUUACUGUAUCCACAUUAAAUAUGAUUUAAUGGAA